AUGGAAGGGAGGAAUGGAAUGGCGAUGUCUGGACCCGCGUCUUACUACAUGCAUAGAGGCAUGGCGACGUCCGGCUCUGGAUCGCAGACGGGGUUACAUUCCCCGCCAGGCAUGCGGCCUUUGCCCAGCCCGUCAGGUAGCUUGCCUGUGCGAUCAACAAAUAUAAGUGGAGGGUCUGUCGGUCCAGGAUUUCAGGUGGAGCCUUCACCCACCCUUUGCCAGCCUGGUGUCAACAUCGGGAAUCAAGGAAGCAGUGUAGCUCAAGUGGAGCCUGUAAAGAGAAAGAGGGGAAGGCCUCGAAAGUACGGACCCGACGGGACCAUGUCUUUGGGCCUCUCCCCUCUGUCCUCUACUGGCCCUGGUGCUGGAUCAAGCCCUGGGAGUUCCGGAGUGGUAUCAAUGGCUGGAUCUGGGUCAGCCCCGCCUCCUCAGAAGCGGGGCAGAGGACGCCCACCAGGAACGGGGAGGAAGCAACAGCUAGCUUCCUGUGGUGAGCUUAUGCAUGCUGUUGUUCAGAGUGCUCAUAUAUUGCUCAUUUCGUUUUUGUAUAUUUCUUGUUCCACAUGUCUUUUCAUUAAAUAUUCUUUACCACUCUCUCUCUCUCUCUCUCUCUCUCUCUCUCUCUCUCUCUCUAAGUACUGUUCAUUGACGUUCCGAGUCCUUUUACCUCAUUACCAAGUUGCUUGUCUUUGUUUCCCGGUAACGCAUGGACUUGCUACUCGUGGGCGAUUUAAUAGUACCUUCCCAGCGUCUGUAGUUUUGAUCAGAGUUACUUGGGGCAUCCAUUUUCUAAGAACUUCUUUUUGUUCACGCUUCUUUGAGAUUUCUGAGUUUUGCUAGAAUGAAGUGAUUCCCUUUGUUUUCAUGGUACCGAUCUGUUCAGGCCCAUGCACUUUUCACGGGGAUAACAGAUGCUUAGAUCAUUUUUCACGGGAUCAUAUCUGAGAAGGUAUUGUGCGAGGACAUUGGCUUUGUUGAUCCUUUGAACAUGAACUGCAUAAGUAAUGAUUUGUGGAGGGGAACAGUUGGGCUAUGAGUGACCUAAUUGAUUUGAACCUGAUGGUUUGCUUGUUGUGUGUUUUACUUUGUUUCUCCCUUCACCGAUGCUAUAUUUAGUGACCAAUGGGAAGACAUGCGAUUUCAUCCUUCUUUUCUUAUUGAUUUUGACAAUUACUUUUCUGAUUCUGUUGAUAGGUGAAUGGAUAUCUUCUUCGGCUGGGGUGGGUUUCACUCCUCAUAUAAUAACAAUAUCUGCAGGAGAGGUGUGUUUAUAACAUUAUAAUUCACUUUAAAAUAAUUUCUUGAUAGGAUUGCGGUUUUCAUGAAGCUUUCCACGCCCAUCUGUUCUUAUGACAUCAAUUUUAGUAUCCUAUUUUUUUGAUGCUGUUUAACAUCAUGGGCGUGCUUCCUCCACACCCUGAUUGCUGGAUUUAAGUUUUCUCUGUUCAUCUACGUCUUUGUAAACCCAGAGUCACUCAAAUCACAAUUUUAGUCUUCAUCAAUGAAUUCCUAUAUACUGACCUGGGAUUAGUUAUACAUGAAGAAGCCUUAUGGCUUCUAUUUCAUUAAUCUAUGGUAACAUUCAGCAAAAAAAAUAUAGUUCUACAGAUUUAACUGCCAGUAGUUAUAUUCAUACUGUGUGUCCUUUAAAUGUUAUACGUUCUUUUGGUCGGGCACAUCCAUCUCUUCCAUUUGAUCAUAGGAUAUUUUGUUAAGCGUAUCCUUGGUUAAUAUUGAAUCACUAGACGCAUGUUUCAUGCUAUUAUGCUUUCUGUCUAGAUCUGCAUAUGUGUACCGAGGUGAAGAAAAUUAAUUGUGGUGUCACGUUUUGAUUAGGACAAUAAAAGUUCUCCAUGGUCUGAAAAUAUGCUAUGCAAUGAGCAUACAUUUUUAUUUUUAUCAGUUAUACUUUACUAGAUUCUAUAAAUCAUAUUCCCGAAGCGUAUGAUAUAUUUUUUUUUGUUUAUUCUAGUGCAAUGCUUCAUUUGCAGCGUUGAUGGCAUAAUCAAAAUCCCCUUGAUUUUUUAUUUUUUAUCCUUUUUUUAUUAAAUUUUCUUUUGUGUGGUUUUCCUCGACCAAGUGUUCAGUGGUUUUCCUUGUUUAAUGAUACAGACUGGAUUUUUUCUCACUCACGGGGCUCUUAUUAUUCUCUUUCUUGAAGGUGUUUGUCUCCUUAAUCAUAUCUGUCACAUAUCGGAUCUCUUGUGGUGGAUUUCCAUUUGGACUUGCAGUGUGUUGUUCCUCGCGUAGAUUUUCCAUACAUAUCUAUCUUUUAUCGUACAUCAUAUGUGCCAAUAUUUCAUUCAUCUUCUACCCAGAAACUCAGUCAAUUUUUUCAGUCUGUCUUAGAUCGAGAUUGCUUAAGGCAUUGGCUGUUUUUCCUUUGAUGGCACCUGAAAAAAAGUCAUGAUAUCUGGAGUAGAACAAAUGAUAAAGAAGGAAAUAGGCUGACGUGGUGUUCUCUAAAUGGAUCUUUCCUUUCUCAGGACAUUGCGUCAAAGAUCAUGUCAUUUUCCCAACAAGGCCCCAGAGCGGUAUGCAUUCUAUCUGCAAGUGGGGUUGUGUCCACAGUCACUCUCCGCCAGCCUGCGUCUUCCGGCGGCACCGUCACCUAUGAGGUUCAAUCACACGGACUUUUCUCUAUUUAUUCCUACGCCCUAAACCCCCUGAUUUAAUAUUUACAAGGCUGAAAACUGAAUACUUAGUAAAAUCCUCUCUAAAUGCAGUAAAGUUUCUGUAAUGUACUGACAAAGAAGACCCAGAAUGCUUGCCGGCAAAUAGUCAACCGUCUAGUCCAUCCUCGUGUGUGGUCAACCAUUUAGUUCUUAUUUAUUCUUGAACUGGGUCAACGUGUUUACGACUCAAACGUGUUAAUAGUCAACCUGAGCCGAUGCCCGACGGCAGCGCUGACUUCAUUUUUCCCGGAUGCUUACCUUGUGAAAUGGGUAAUGACGAGGAGUAUUGUAACGAAGUCAACGCUCUUGUGCUCUGCUGUUUUUAGGGGCGCUUUGAGAUUUUGGGCUUAUCUGGAUCGUUUCUGGUCACCGACGAGGGUGGAGGAUCCCGCAGCCGGAGUGGUUCCCUCAGCAUAUCUCUCUCCAGUCCGGAUGGCCGCGUGAUUGGCGGCGGCGUCGUCGGAUUGCUCAUCGCCGCAACCCCUGUCCAGGUACCCUACCUCUUCAGACCCCCGCUUCUCUCUCUAGCCUCUCUCUAGAUAUAUAUGUGUAAUGUAUAGGGGUGUGGGUUGGCAGGUAAUAGUGGGGAGUUUCAUAUAUGGGAGUAUGAAGGCGAAGAGCGGCAAGCCGAAGCCAGUGGCCUCGGACGGCGGAGGCGAGCCCGAACAUGCAGCUGGGGCGAGGCAGAUGACCCCCCCGGCCACCGCCGGUGCGCCGCCCAGCCCGGGGCUGAGCUCACUUCUCGCUGGGUGGCCUGGGCCGAGACCUCUGGAUAUGAGGAGUAACGCCACCGGCGGCGCCGCCCACAUCGACAUCGACCUGACGCGGGGUUGA